AUGUCACGAGCGGGGGAUGGGGUUGCCACCCCGUUUUGUGGUUUCAGGUGUGAUGGUCAAAUGACUCCAAAACUUAAGGUUCUAAUCAAGGUUUUGGGUGUGAUGUUACUAUUAUCUUUAGGCUUCGGGUUUCCAUCUUUGGCCUCAUGCGAUUUCAGAGGCCCUUCGUCGUCGUCGACUUCUUCUGAUCUUCUUGUUGUUCUCGUCGAUGUCUAUGUCAAGUCGUUAUGGGAGGUCAAUGAUAAGGUUGGGAAGGUGGCUGAUGUAUAUGUGGCUCGGAAAUUAUCAAAAAUUGAGUUGGUGAGCUUACCAUGUUGUGCUUGGAAUGAUGUUGCGGUUAAAAAGCUAGCUACUAAGUGGGGUGAUGUUUGCUUUCUUGAAGAGGAUGGGGAUGACUCUUUGGCGGUUAAACGUGUGUGUAUUAAGACUGGGAAACCUUCUUUGAUUCAUGACAUGAAUAAAGUGGUUGCUCAAGGCAUUGAAUAUGGGGUGGUGAGAAUGGUGAUAAGGUUGAUGAGGAGCAAGAGGAAUCUUUUAGCACGGAUGAUACGCCUAUUAAUGGUGCUAGAGGAGCUGGUUUUGUUGAUAGAAAGGGAAGAUUUUUUUCAAACUACUACUAAAAGAAAAGGUAACGGAGCUGUGGAUGGCGGUCUUUAUCCGCCUAAUGUUGCUGCCACGAGAGAUGUCGUCGAAAAUCAAUGCAAACCGGUUGUGCCUGCACCUGUUAGGGUGGUCGAGUGUGAGCUGUCAGAUGGUCCGUCCCAUUUGGUGGCUAAUGUGGAGGGGGAGGGGGCAUCCGAAUCACCCUCACAACAUCCUGGUUUUAGAUGA